AUGGUUUGGGAACAUAUAAAUCCGGACAAAGCGCAUGUGGCGUAUGCCGUUUUAGCGGUAUUCUCGUCCUUCUUCUCGCUUUGCUCGCUAUUUAUAAAGGAAAGACUGUAUAUCGGUGAGGCUUCUGUGGCCACAAUAUACGGUCUCAUAGUUGGUCCGCAUUGCUUGGACUGGUUCGACCCAUCAUCGUGGGGGAAUGAGGACUACAUAACGUUGGAAAUCAGCAGAGUCAUCUUGUGCGUUGAAAUAGUGGCUGUCGCCGUAGAGCUUCCGAAGAAAUAUAUCCUAAAGCACUGGCUCGGGGUGUUCCUGCUCUUGAUCCCUGUCAUGACCAUCGGAUGGUUGGUCAUAGGGCUGUUCAUAUGGCUCAUUAUUCCCGGGCUACAUUAUGGAUACGGCCUGUUGAUCUCCGCCUGCAUAACCGCCACAGACCCUGUUCUUGCACAAGCAGUUGUCGGUAAGGGUAAGUUUGCAAGAAGGGUCCCCGCCCAUCUCCGGAACCUCCUCACCGCCGAAUCCGCAUGCAACGACGGCGUGUCUGUGCCGUUUGUUUAUCUUGCAGUCAACAUCAUUAUACACGGCUCCAAAGCGGGGGCCAUCGCGCGUGAUUGGAUUACGGUCACAAUUCUUUACGAGUGUCUUUUUGGCUGCAUUAUGGGCGGACUCAUUGGAUUCCUUGGACGCAAGCUUAUUCAGUACGCUGAAGAAAAAGACCUCAUUGAUAGGGAGUCGUUCCUGGCGUUCUACGUCAUGCUGGCACUCCUGUGCGCAGGCUUCGGAGCUAUACUCGGUGUCGACGAUUUACUGGCUUCUUUUGCCGCAGGCGCCAGUUUCGCCUGGGACGGCCGUUUUGCAGAGCGUACAGAAGAGUCGCAUGUUUCAUCAGUCAUUGACCUGUUGCUCAACUUGGCCUACUUCGUCUACUUCGGCACCAUUAUUCCAUGGGAGCAAUUUAACAAUAAAUCGCUCGGGCUUGACUGGUGGAGACUUGUGUGCGUCGCGAUCGUAGUUAUUUUUCUGAGACGAAUCCCGGCAGUGCUGGCGAUCAAGCCAUUCAGCCCCGAUAUCAAAAACUGGAAAGAGGCCCUGUUUGUGGGUCAUUUUGGUCCAAUCGGGGUGGGUGCUGUGUUUGCAUCUAUUUUGGCCAUUGGCGAUUUAGAGGCCCACGUCUUGCACCUUGAACACGGACCUACAGCCCAAUAUCCGGACGCAGAAGAGUACCACCAGCUAAUCAGGAUAAUCUGGCCGACUGUUUGUUUCUUGGUGCUCAGCAGUAUAAUAGUGCACGGCUCCUCGGUUGCUGUGAUGACUUUAGGCCGCCACUUGCAAACAAUGACGUUCACCAUGACACUAACAAAGGUUGAGACCGACGGCGGAGGAUGGAUCUCGAGACUUCCGAAGCUCGAGAAAAGCGGCACGUCCUUUUCCAUCAAGAGAAUAGAUACCAUGGCUCCUUCUGAGGCAAGCCACGACAACGGGCUCUUGGAGAAAAUUUAUACCGGCGACUCGAGUAAUGUGGACGCCGGCGACACUGCAGCCUCUGCUAAACCCGCAGGAAUUGCAAAGAGACGGAAGCAAAAGAAAAAAAUGCACAAGAAAAUCAGAGAAAAGCGAAGAGCCCCUCCUGCUGUGGAGACACUGGACCUUGGAAAGAACAACAAUCAGACUCAGCCUACUAAGGAGAGUUCAGACCAGAGCUCAACCACCCGUCUUGAGGUGGAGGAGGUGGACCGGUCUGACCAGUCCAGCGAGCACGGCGAACAGGACAUGGGUCCUCCUUUGAUGAAGAUUACAUCGCCAAGACUAGGCGAAUUGCAACGAGACUUUGAGAUUACCGACGAAGAUAUACAGCCGGUUGAGGUGGACGGAGAGCUGAAAAUCCCGACUUACGGUUAUAGGGACGGUACACAGCUGAUAAUUGAGGACCAGAACGGAGAAAUACUGCACACCUUUAAUGCGCCGCGCGCGGAAUCUGAUGAUCAGAAGAGCGUGCAUAGUCUGCACAGUUUGGGCACGUUGAAGAGCCGGAUCGCGGACCUGCAAAGGAGAAAACGGAGUCGGACAAUUGACGCAGAAGAAAUACAGAUCGAGGACUUUUCGCGCCCGCAAGAGAAAAUUCAUCAAUUGGUGAACAAGACCGACUCGGACCACAAGAUGCUUUUGGGCCAGAAGGUCAAACGUGACAAGAACAAUAAACCUCACGCUUCUCAGAGGUACCAUGGUUUCCGCAUUGAUGACAACAUCUUGAUCGAGAAUGCUGAUGGAGAGGUUGUGGGCAGAUUCAAAAUAAACCAGAGGAAGAAACCUGCAGCUGCAAAAGCAGACACGCUCGACAAGGCGUUGAAGAUGGUUGGAUUGUUGAAGGAAAAAGCCGGCGACGUUGAGCAAAGCCAAGUCUCGAACGACGACUUGAUCCCAACGGAUGCAGGGCCGCAGGGCAAAAGGCUAGAGGAUAAGCUCAAGAAGCUGUUAGCUGCAGAUUCGCGCAAAGCCAGUGUCAGCUCCCCACCUUCGUCAUCGCAGAAAAACAUAGACUCAUCAACAGGUUCUGAAUCGUCCAAUCAAAGCUACGAUCAGGAGGAGUCCGAGGCGGAGCGUGCUCGACGUCUGGCAGCGCUGGCCUCGUCCUCCAGAGAUCCAGACGACGAGGAGGACGAACCUGCUACCAAAUUAUAA